UCUGUUUUUAUACUAUUUUUAAUUUAACUGUAAAUAUACUUACUGUAAAUUCAUUUUUUCUAUAUUUAUCAUGUAUUGCACUCUAUUGCUGCUGCUGGGUUUAAUAAAUUUCCUGACAUUCGCUUCUGAUUCUGAACUCCAACACCCCAAACCAUAGCAACCCCUCCCCCCUUAAGAACUCAUCCGUCCCUGUCGUAAGAACUCGUGUCUUUUGUGAGAAGCGUUUCAAAACGGCCUUUGGCGGCGGCGUCCGUGAAUCAGUGCUGCAGUUCGUGGCGUUCAGCUUCCUGCUUCUGACAGCUGCCAGCGCAGCUGCACUGGCUCCGGGUUGGGAAUUGUGAAAUCCCGGCUGACAAGAGAGUCUACUGCGGGCCUGCAGGGGUUACCCUCGCUGCUCUCCCGGUGACCAGAUGGCAGCUUCCCCCCAGCCAGGCCUCAGAGAGAAACACAAUACCAGGAUCGAUCGUUGCGAAUUGCCCGGCCGUGGCCGUGAUGUCUGCGGAGCACAACCUGGUGGCCCGUGUGAAACUGGAGAGCUGUGGGCUUACCCUGACGUGCACUUAGCUUGUCAUGUAGCCCGUCCCGUGCCCUGUGUGCUGAGGGGGGGGAGGUAGCCGGCUUUCCCCGUCUCCCUUCUCAGAGUACGCCCGCUGUCCAGCAACAGUUGCAAUCCUACGUGGUGUGGGUCAACUCGCAGCUGAAGAAGAAGCCGGGGCUGAACCCCGUCCAGGACUUGCGGCAGGAUCUGAGGGACGGAGUGGUGCUCGCUCACCUGGUGGAGAUAGUGGCCGGAGAACAGCUCCGCGAUGUUUGCUUCAACCCCAGCAGCUACAAGGAAAUGAAAGAGAAUGUGGACAAGGUGCUGCAGUUCGUAGCAUCCAAGAAGAUUCGCAUGCACCAGACCUCCGCCCGGGACAUCGUUGAAGGCAACUUGAAAUGUGUGAUGAGACUGAUCUUGGCCCUGGCCGCGCACUUCAAGCCGUCUGGUGUUAGGUCGUCCGCCCCCCGGGGUGACAGGCCUGCCGCAUCGGUGGAUAACCACAGGCCCCUGUCCGCCGCGGCCAUGGUGCAGAACGCGGCCGCGGCUCUGGCCGAGGCUCGCCAGGAUGUCUCGCGCUCGGGACGGGAGGUGUUCCGAUACAGACACGAGGUACCGAGCAUUGAAGAGGAAAUCGUGAGCCCGUCCUGGAGUGUUCGAGCGAUGGUAAAGCAGUACGAGGGACAACAGGUGCCUUUAUCUCCGCCUCUUUCACCAAGCGUCGGCUCCGCGAGUCCGACAAACAGCGCCAAGCCGGAAUCCAUCAGCAGCCAGCUGGACGAAGGGUUGGAUUUGUCAUCCCAGAAGGAGGAAUGGGAAUUCAGGCCCGUAGAAGACGCCAUCGAGUCCCCGUGGACGUCUACAAGCUGUGGGAAGCCUUUCCUGAAUGACGGUCAGUCCCUCUGGGAGGACCAGUUACUGGACCAGCAGGACCAGCUGGGGAAGGAGAUGGAGGAAGCCAGGAAGAUGAUUUCCAUCCUACAGGGGCUGCUGCUGAACGGCUCGCUCCCCGAGGACGAGCAGGAAGGGUCGUUCCCACUCAGCGAGCAGGGGGCCUGCACCGAGGAGCAGCUGGUCAUCAUAAAGAGCCGGCUGGAUCUCAGCAUGGACGAGUGCCAGGAGCUGAAGAAAGAAGUUUCAAAAUACAAACAGCAGAGCAGGAAUCUGCAGGGAGUAAAGGACGCCCUGCAGCAUCGGGUCGCCCAGCAGGAGAACUCCAUCCUGCAGCUGAAGCAGGAGCUACUGAGGGCCAGCAUGGCCAAAGACGAGCUGCUGAGCGAAAACCUCGACCUUCAGAGGAAGACUGAAGAAAGGAACAAGGUCAUCGGGGAAUUCAAGAGGGAACUGGGUCAGAAGGAUCGACUCUUUCAGCAGCAGAAGGCAAAACUGGACGAUACCCUGCGCAAGCUAACAGAAGUCACUCAUGUCAAGGAUGGCUUGCAGAGGGAGCUGGACCACAAGGAGGUCAUUCUUCACCAGCUGAUGAGCAGAGAGGGCGAGGAGACAGACGGAAUGCAGGUGGUGUGGGAUUCGCUGCGGAGUCUACGGAACAGCUUUGCCAGCCACGACCCGCAACACCACACGAUCGACACGCUGGAACAGGGAAUCUCCAGUCUAUUGGACCGAAUGCACGUGGCCCAGGCACAGGGCCGAGUCAGCAACCAGAGUCCUGUGAAAAAUCCCGGACGAGGAUCAGGCACGGAGAGGGAAUCCUGGUCACCGAGUUCCACAUCUCUGCGUUAUCACCCCACUCCCAGCCGGAGGAACUCCUCCCUCACGAAGGUGCUGUACUUCACCACCCGCAGCCUCGUCCCCAUCGUGAUGAGCAUUCCAAAGAGCCUUGGUGAGGUGACUCUCAAAGAUUUCAAAGCAGCAAUCGAUCGGGAAGGCAACUACAGAUACCACUUUAAGGCCCUAGACCCGGAAUUCGGCACUGUCAAAGAGGAGCUCUUCCACGACGACGACAUUGUUCCCGGUUGGGAGGGUAAAAUAGUUGCCUGGAUCGAAGAGGACAACGGUGACAAUAGGUAGAUGAAUUCUCUCCUCCGAUUUGGGAGACUGUAUUGCCCUCCGGAGGAGAAUAAGCGAAGAGCCAAAGGACACCACUCGUCUUCUCGUCCUCCCGUGCAGUCGGGCUGAAGCAUGCUGGCGAACCUGCCCCGGAGGGAAGAGACUAGGGUGGACGAUUUCCACAGCAGGUGCCUGACGUUCGGAGCCUGCCUACUGCAAACUGUUUUGGCUUCCGUUGGUGACUGCGCCCACGUACGAUUAUAACACCUCCUCGAAAGCAGCAGGUGCAAUGCAGAGCAGCCUCCGACAAGUAUUUUCUGUUACGCUUUCGGAGCUUGGCGGUCUCUGCGCCCGCGGUUACGUUUUGCCGAGCAGCUGGUUAGCGGCCGAGUUCUUCCAGUGGAAUGAUCGACAGGCACCGCACAAACCUUUUCCAGUUUCACGUUGUUGAACAUCCGGACGAUGUGACCAACCCGUGAAUCUCGUUUCUGGCGACCCCCUCCUCCCAACUCUGAGAAGCAACAGCUCGUAUUCUGCCUGAGAUGCCUCCAACCAGACGGCAUCAACAUCAAUAUCUCUAAUUUAUGGUAUUCUCUCCACCCAUCUCUCUUUUUCUGUUCCCCAUUCUGGCUCCCCUCCCACCUCUUCUCUUCUCACCUGCCCAUCACCUCCCCCUGGUGUCCCUCCUCCUUCCCUUUCUCCCAUGGUCCACUCUCCUCUCCUGUCAGAUUCCUUCCUCUCCAGCCCUUUACCUCUCCCCCCCAUCCCCUCCCCCUGGUGUCCCUCCUCCUUCCCUUUCUCCCACGGUCCACUCUCCUCUCCUAUCAGAUUCCUUCCUCUCCAGCCCUUUACCUUUCCCACCCAUCACCUCCCCCUGGUGUCCCUCCACCUUCCCUUUCUCCCACGGUCCACUCUCCUCUCCUGUCAGAUUCCUUCCUCUCCAGCCCUUUACCUCUCCCACCCAUCACCUCCACCUGGUGUCCUUCCUCCUUCCCUUUCUCCCACGGUCCACUCUCCUCUCCUAUCAGAUUCCUUCCUCUCCAGCCCUUUACCUCUCCCACCCAUCACCUCCCCCUGGUGUCCCUCCUCCUCCCUUUCUCCCACGGUCCACUCUCCUCUCCUGUCAGAUUCCUUCCUCUCCAGCCCUUUACCUUUCCCACCCAUCACCUCCCCCUGGUGUCCCUCCUCCUUCCCUCUCUCCCACAGUCCACUCUCCUCUCCUGUCAGAUUCCUUCCUCUCCAACCCUUUACCUUCCCCACCCGUCACCUCCCCCUGGUGUCCCUCCUCCUUCCCUUUCUCCCACGGUCCACUCUCCUCUCCUGUCAGAUUCCUUCCUCUCCAGCCCUUUACCUUCCCCAGCCAUCACCUCCCCCUGGUGUCCCUCCUCCUUCCCUUUCUCCCACGGUCCACUCUCCUCUCCUGUCAGAUUUCUUCACUCCAGCUUCUCUCCCCAACUUGUAACUCUGGCAACAUCCCCCAUCCUUUCCAGUCCUGAUGAAGGCUUCUCAGAUCAAAUCAUCGACUGUUUAUUCCUCUCCAUAGACGCUGCCUGACCUGCUGAGUUCCUCCAGCAUUGUGUGUGUGUGUGUGUGUGUUGCUUUGGAUUUCCAGCAUUUACAGAAUCUUUGUUCUCCCGGUGGUCACACCAGAGGGUUCUUGGUCGGAGGGCUGGAGUCCGAGCUCCGAGGUUUGAGGGAGCUGGUGUGGGGGGGGGGAGGGAGGCUUUAAACGAACAGCCCUCGCUUGACGUGCAUCUCGUUCCCCUGUCGAGCGUGCCGGCUGGAGAAUGUGACCUGAAGGGGGCGCCGUCAGCCGGAGGUCACCGUCGGGGAAGUGCAUGCGGGUGGAUGGCGCGGACCGGCCAGUGCACCACCUGCUGCCUGGAGGGGGAACUGCUGGCUUCCCGUUGAAACAAGCGGACCUGUACAGAAUUGAUCUGUACGGUGGACGGCGUCAGUUCAGGCCCGCGAGCUACCCUUCGACAGGGCAGCGUACUCAUCAGUACAAAACAUACCACCAAAAAAAAAUGAAUAUAGACUGUUUAUUCCCCUCCAUAGACGUUGCCUGACCUGCUGAGUUCCUCCAGCAUUUUGUGUGUGUGUGUGUGUGUCUGUGUGUGUGUGUGUGUGUGUUGCUCUGGAUUCCCAGUGGCUGCAGAAUCUCCCGUGAUUAAAUAAAGCAAAUAUUUAUUUAGCGA